AUUCAAUAGGUUCUCUUACACUGAUAGCUAGGGAGAUUUGUUAGUUCUUCUCUACUAGGGAGGGCAUAAUAUAAUCAUCAUUCUGCAAUGCCUUACUGAUCACAUGGAAGGAAGAAGUCACUCUGUCUUAAAGGGUUAGCCCACUUCUUAUCUGGGAUACAGUGGCAGGGACUGAUACAAACCCUGGGUGCUACAGGAAUAGAUGUUGUCUGUGGUGGACCUUAGUCCCUGGCACCUCAUUCAUCCAGACAAGACCAAGGGUCCUGGUGAGUGCAAAUCCCAGGCCUUUCUUGAUCUACAGCCUUUGGAGGCAUAUUUGGAGACAGGCAUCAGGAGCUUCAGAUCUGGCCAGCUGUGUCUACAUAUCCAUGCUGCUGGCACGCUCUGGGAGGGACUUACUCAGCAGUGUGUGCAUGGCUUAUACAGCUCGUAACAGUCUGUCAGACCCUGGCAUUGCUUCUCAUUGCUUCUUGGGAAGAGAAAAACAUUUUGUUGUACUGCUUUCAAGUGUUAAGUUGAAGGUGCGUUUGUUCCACUUAGAAACAGCAUGUCCUCUUAGGUCUGUGUGCUUGGUUUCGGAGAGAUGAAAGAAGCCACAGCUUGGCCUAAAUGAGUAGCUUGGUAAUGUAGAUAAAUAGACAAGAUAGCAAGCAGUAGGACUGCUGUGGCCUCUGCAGGGCUAUUCACCAUGGACACUAUUUGGUAUUUCAAGGAAAUAUUUUAGUAAGUAAAGUAACUAAGUGUGAUUUAAGAGAUUUUUUUUCCCUUGUAGUUGUAUUCACUGCGCAAUAUUAAUUAUGAUUGACUGGCAUGUUAAAAAAAAGGCCAUUUCAUAUUCUUUAGAUUUCUGCAUGCCAGGUACUGUGAGUACAUGAGCUACUGGUAGCUAAAAAAAAUUGUGGGCUCACACAUCCAAGCAAGCCUUCUAUUGCAUGAAGCAGAGACAGCAUGUGUUUGUUGGCUUGAUUUUGUUCCUGUUUGAGAAAUAUUGCAGCAUAAGAAGUAACACUACCCUUGUUACUUGCAACUCUGAUUCUGAGGGAGUCCUUCUUUAUGACUGUUAUGUCUGAAUGAUGCAAAUAAAGAAUCUUUCAGAUAACAUCUGGACGUUCGAGUGCCAGUGAUGGCACAUAUUGACAGCAGAGUGCGUGAGACAAAGCCUAGAAUGGGGAGCUGUAAUGCUGCAGUGAAUAAUACAGAAAGCAGGAUUUUUCUAUUAGUCAUUCAGGAGAUGUCUGAUAAUUGCCAGAAAAUACCACAGUCUUAGGAACAGUCAGACAUUCUCUCUAAGACAGUGUUGUGGAAGACUGAAAAGUGGAUUGUCUAAUUACUGUAGCUGAGCAGCUGAACUAGUAGAGAGCUGUGGAGUAUGGCUGAGAAGCAGCUAAUUAAUAAAAUAGAGACAUCUUGCUCGUUAAUCCCUCAAAGGUCUGCAGAAGAGCUCUGUGACAUCUUAAAAGGAAGAUAUGCAGAUUGUGAAACCUUUGAAUGCCUCACAUGGAGAAAUGAAGUGUGAAAGGAACUAAUGAGGCUGGUAGCAUUUGGAGUGUGAGUGCACACUGUCUGUGCGUGUGAGGCAAUUAAGGAGCCGCAGUGCCCGGCGGGCACCAGAGCGCAGAAUGAAUGCACUGUGGCUGUGCUUGGGUGGAGGGGUAGCCACACUGAGGGAAACCCAGCCAUUGGGACUGGAGUUACUGGGGUGCUUUCCUUCUCUGGGCUUAAUUAAUACAAGUGCAGCAUUAUAUUUGCUGCUACUUAAAAUACGGACGGAGGAAAAAAAAGUGAGUGACCGAACGCAGAAUGCAGCAAGUGUCUGGUGGGAGAUGCAGAUAUUGGAACAGCUGGCAUUAAUAUUGGCUAGUAGGUACAGUAUAUGGGUGUUCUGGGGAUAUCUAGGCAGGGUUCUGCCUGGGCAUGUGUCAGCAGUGACCAGAAAGACAAAUGCUAAAAGGAGGACUGAGCCACUAACAAUGAUGGCAACAUCCUCAGAAGUGAGAAAACCUGUGCUCCCUUCCUUGCAGUUUACUGGGACUAGCAAUCAACUAGCUGUCUUUGGAUCUGUGAGCAAACCAAGAGUAAGGUGAAAGCUGUUGUGUUAGAUCCAAGAAAUGAUUUUAAUAUGGAUCGAAGCCUUACAGAAAAGGAUAUCCAGGAUCUUAUCCAGCUCUGUGUUACCAGACUGCUUGACACAACAAACCCAUCCCUAAGCACAAUUAAGAUGCAAGUUUACUUUGAUAUGAACUAUGCAAACCGAGAUGAAUUACUGAGUGAGCAGGAGCGUGUUCUGGAAGGAAAAGUGGCUCCUGUAGUUAGAGCCGUCACUGAGAGUGGUCCACAUACACGAGAAGAAAUGGAGAAUAUGUAUCAAAAGAUUGUUGCCUAUGUGCUGCUGAGAUCUGGCCUGGGGUCCCCAACAGAUAUUGAGGCUGUCAGGGAGGUAACAGCUGCCUUGCAGAGUAUAUUCCCCCAGACAGAAAUGAUUACUUUCAUCUCACUCAGUAAGAAGGACAAAGAACAGCAGCUGAAAGAUCUUGCCAUGCUAGUGACAGGAAUUCGUUUGUACAACAAGCAGUGCCAGAGAGGAGGAAGCUGCAUUGAUGACUUGCCAGAGAUCCUGAGUGAAGCCAUUCCCUCGGCUACGCGGACUCUCGACGAGCGUCUGAACUCCUGCCAGCUGCUGGCCCACCAAUACACAGCCCUGCUGGAGGCCAUGCAGGAGGACCCCCAGAGCUUCUCCCAGCUUAGAUUCCUUAAAUUAAAAGAAGCACUAUUCAAUGUGAGACAGUAUGAAGCCUUCCUUUGCAUCCUUCAGUCUAAUGCAAUUACAAGUGCUCAAGAAGUUGAAUCGUUGGAUGCUCGGUUUGAAGCGGCAAUGAUGUUAUUGAAAAACACAGUGCAGGAUAAGACUUCCGUAGAGUCCAGAGAAGUUUUUCCUCUGUUUAUGGAACUUUCUAAGCUUUGGGCCGGCUUUCAGGAUGAAAUGCUACUGCUAAGCUUCCUCACAAAUAUGGCUGACAAUCUGCAACAAUUCUUGGAAAUCCAAUCACAGCUUUUUCCAGAGGAAAUGCUAACAUCUCUUCUGGAAGGAGUGACUGUGAAAAGUGAUGAGGAAAGGAUAAAAGAAACCAUGGAAACCAGAGUGAAUGUUUCUGAUUUCACAAACCAAGAAUGGCUUUUUCCAGAGACUACUGAAAACUUUGAUCAGUUGCUGAUCCAGUACCGUGGUUUCUGUGCACAUUCAAUUGGUGUGAAAGGUAUCAUCCUACCAGGAAAUCCUGCUAUUGGAAUUUUGAAGCACAAGGAGAAAUACUAUGUUUUCAGUUCAAAAGAAGAUGCAUACAUCUUUGCUAAAGAUCCAGAUAAGUUCAUUCAAUUGAAUAUAGAAAAAGCCAAAAAAUAUGCAGAGCUAAUUCAACUGCUUGAGCUCCAUCAUCAGUUUGAAUACCUUGUUCCACAUGCACAGGUCAGAAAGGCAAGCACAGGUUCAACAAAACCACCCCAAAAACGUGAGAGUGGUACUCAAACUGAUACUCAUAUCUUGCCUCCAACUAUUGUGAGAUCCUAUGAAUGGAAUGAAUGGGAACUGAGAAGAAAAGCUAUAAAACUGGCCAACUUGCGGCGCAUGCUAACUCAUUCCAUGCAGACUGAUCUCAGCCACAUGAGAAGGGAGAACUGCACCCAAGUGUACCUGCCAAAGGAAGCUGGCACCCAGACCAAGCGGGACAACUCAAGCAAUGUACCCAAACCCCAGGUGUUCUUGAGAGGUCUCCGAGGAGGAUCAUCUCCCACCACACAUAUGGUGGCAGUAGACUUAACAAGGCCACUGGAUGAAACUUAAGUGAAAAUGAGAAACCUGAAGCUGCAUCUUGAAUGUGUAUAUAAAAAUCCUGAAUAUAUGUGAAUUUAGACACUAAAGAUUUUGCUGUGUCUGUUGAUUCCAGGAACAGUUGGUCUGUUUCAUUUAUCUUAUCUGUUGGGACUGCUGACUGGCAUUAAGUGACAGAAGUGAUAAGCCUGAAGCACAGAUUUUAAAUAGCAGUUUAGAAUCAAGAUGUUCCCAAGGACUUUCAAUUCCAACAUUUAAAUAUGUAGCAUUCUGGGAUUUUACUGACGUUUUAAUGCAACAAUUGCUUGUUGAAAUACUGUCUUUAAGUGAAAAAACUUACCCCAGGAGAGUCACUCAAAUGUCACAGCUCCAGCCUUAGAGCAGAAUUGUCAAGAAGGCAAAACCAACAAAAUGAAACCAGUCUGGGUCCUUGGGCCUGUCUGUUUGUGCUGGCAUUAACCCAGCCCAGUGAGUGCAGACCAAGGCUGGGAGGUUGACAAGAGGGCUUCUGUCUUGGGUGGUUCUGGCACCCUUUUAGGUCUCUAGCAAUUUCUUGGCUAAACAAUGUACUGGUGAGCACACUGCAAACCACAGAACCUGACUUCAGGGGACCUUUUUGAAGCUUUUGCUUGUGUUUGAAAAACUAAAGCACAACAGAGAAAAAGUUUUUAGCUUUAUGUCACUGUGGCAAAGAAUUAUGUGCCAGGUCUGAUCAAUGCAACUGCAGAUGGUAUUUCUGUGUGUGAAAACACAAAUUAAUGACAAUAAAGACUUCCUCAAGCUGCUGUCUGCACAAUGUCCAGGUGCACAACUGUGAUUGCA